CUCGCAGUGGCUUCCACUGCUCGGCUAAAACACACCAUCGUAUUUUAUUUUGUGUAUCUUAUUAAAUAGCAUUUUUGUCAUUUUAAUGACAAGGUAACACUUGUAUUCUUGCAAUUCUGCUAGAUCAGCCAAGCACUAAAACGACGUUUUGGAAAUACUGAUUUCCUUUACAGAAUACUUUGUAUUUUUGUCAAACGAAGGGUCUGCUGACAAGGCUGAAACCACGCUACCCAGGAGCUACAGGAAGAGGGACUCUUACUGGGACUGCUGAGCACAGCGUUCUUAAAGCAAUAUGGUUUUGGUCAGUCUCGUACUAAGCCACAUGCUGGUGAUGACUCUGGCCCAGGCGGAGAGGCUGUGUCACAACAGGGACUGCUCCAACCUGCAGUAUCACUCACAGAGUGAGGUGAAUCCCAUCCUGUCUCCGCAGUCAGCGAAACAAUUUCUUACAAGGUACGGUUGGAUUAAGCCAGUGAAUUGGGAAUCUCUGCAACGCCACCGGGCUGCUGUGCCCCAGGAGGAAAGUCCUGAUUCUCCCGAAAACCCACCCCAGGAUGUCCCGGACAAUUCGGGAAGCAGCAGCGCAGAGGACAGUGCUCCCACUGAAACGGUUCCGGAAUCGAGUUUCCUCCAGGCCCUCGAGCACUUUCAGCAAGCUAACAAUCUUCCUGUGACCGGGGCUCUUGAUGAGCCCACGCAGAAAACUAUGACUCGGCCACGCUGUGGAGUCCCUGAUUACAAAUCCCCACACGGCAUCCAGGAUCCAGAGGACACACCAAGAGCCAGGAGCAAUUCUACAGUCAGUAACUCUAGCGCAGAGGCCGCGCCACACAAUGAUGGGUCCCCUACUGACGCCAGCAGCAGUGGCACCAGGGCUGGCAGGCCCCGGGAGAAGCGCUUCCUGCAGCAGCUGGUGGAGCGCUCACAGAAACAGCGCAGAAGUGUGGUGUACGUUCGCAGCAGCGACUGGGGGAUGGGGUUCUCCAAACGGGCUCUGAAGUGGAGGCUCCUGGGAGAAGGCUAUAGUUCCUGGCUGCCCAUCGAGGACCAGAGGAAGAUUCUGAAGCGGGCGUUCCGACUGUGGAGCGAGGUGAUACCCCUGAACUUCCAGGAAGACCUGACCUCUCGCGCCAGUGAGAUAGAUGUCAAGCUUGGUUUCGGAACCAGAAGGCACCUGGGCUGCUCUCAGGCUUUCGAUGGCGCAGGGCAGGAGCUUGCACACGCCUGGCACCUGGGAGACAUCCACUUCAACGAUGACAAGCACUUCGUGCCCCCGCGGAGCGAGCAAGGAAUAAACCUCUUAACGGUAGCAGUUCAUGAAAUCGGUCACGUCCUGGGACUGCCCCACAUCAGCAGAGUGGGGUCUGUAAUGCAGGCCAGCUAUAAUUCCCAGAAUGCCUAUCUAGAGCUUGACCGGAAAGACAGAAAUGCCAUUCAGGGGAUUUACGGUACUUGUGGACAACAGUUCGGCACCGUUUUUGACAUGGUUUACAAAGGCGAGGAUGAGGAGGGCCAUGUGAAAUACAAGUUCAGUACCUACUUCUUCCGCAGCAGCUGGUACUGGAGGUAUGAGAAUCAGUACAGCAGGCCCAGGUACCGAGACCCCAUCCUCCUGCGAGUGGGCUGGCAUGGUAUACCCUCUGAGGGUAUUGAUGCAUGUGUUCAUGUCUGGACCACUGAUAAGGAUUCUGUUCUUUUUUUCAAAGGUACACAGUUCUGGCAGUACGACACGGAGAAUGACAGAGCAUGCACUGAGGAUUCCCAGGGCAGGCCCUUCCCCCAGCUCAUUAAGGACAGAUUCCCGGGGGUCCCCAGUCCCAUCGACACGGCCUUCUUCGACAGGCGGGAUCACAACAUCUUCUUCUUCAGAGGGAACAAUGUAACUGCCUUCAAUGUUGAUCUCAACAGAAAGGUUGAUGGUUACCCCAAGCGGAUAAUUGAUGUUUUUCCUGCAGUGGUGUCUGGUGAUCACCCAGUGGGAAAUCUGGAUGCUGUCUACUUCUCCUACUACUACAACGCUACCUACAUCUUCAAGGACCAAGACUAUUGGAAAGUUGUGGAUGAAAGGGACAGAAAGUCUAACUCCUCGCUGCCUUACAAUGGCCUUUUUCCUCAUCACAGUAUCAGCAGCCAAUGGUUAGACAUCUGCGAUGUUCAUCCGUCCAUGCUGAGCCCAGAUAGAUCCAUUUAAUUUAUCCUUUUUUUUCAGUGCUGGUAAAAUCAACACUGGGUACAUACUGUGUUCCAACAGGAAUGAAAAAUAUUGUUUGACUUCAUCAGGAGGGAAACUACCACAAGGUAGAGAUUUCAAAAUUUAAAAAAUAUAUAUAUAUUUUUUUCCA